CGGCAGCGCUUAUAGCCCGGCCCGGCGCGGCCCCGCCGCCCGUCACCAUGUCGAGCCGGCAGCACACGGAAUCAACCAAUGUGGUUUACCAAGCCCAUCACGUCAGCAGGAGCAAGAGAGGACAAGUCGUCGGUACCCGGGGAGGAUUUCGCGGCUGCACGGUUUGGCUGACAGGCCUUUCUGGAGCUGGCAAGACCACCAUUGGCUUUGCUCUGGAGGAGUUCCUGGUCUCUCAUGGCAUCCCUUGCUACUCCCUGGAUGGUGACAACGUUCGGCACGGCUUGAAUAAAAACCUGGGUUUCUCGGCUGGGGACCGCGAGGAGAACAUCCGCCGCGUCGCGGAGGUGGCCAGGCUGUUCGCCGACGCCGGGCUCGUCUGCAUCACCAGUUUCAUUUCUCCUUUCGCAAAGGAUCGUCAAAAUGCACGGAAAAUCCACGAAGCAGCUGGACUUCCUUUCUUUGAAAUCUUUGUAGAUGCUCCUCUAAAUAUUUGUGAAAGCAGAGACGUGAAGGGCCUGUACAAAAAGGCAAGAGCUGGAGAGAUCAAAGGAUUCACGGGGAUUGACUCCGACUAUGAGAAGCCCGAAUCUCCUGAACUGGUGUUGAAAACGAAUGUUGCGUCAGUGUCUGAAUGUAUUCAGCAGGUUGUGGAGCUCCUUCAAACACAAAACAUUGUGCCUCAUGGUUCGAUUAAGGAUGUUCUUGAGCUGUUUGUACCUGAAAAUGAGCUCAGUAGUGUCCGAGCCAAAGCGGAGAUGCUGCCAGCCGUAGAGAUCACUAAGCUGGAUCUGCAGUGGGUGCAGGUGCUGAGCGAAGGCUGGGCCACUCCGCUCACCGGCUUCAUGCGCGAGGCUGAGUACUUGCAAGUGAUCCACUUCGGCACCCUGCUGAACGGAAGGAAUCGCUCUAUAGCUGACGGCAUCGUCAACCUGAGCAUCCCCAUCGUGCUGCCCAUCUCCACGGAGGACAAGGAGCGGCUGCAGGGCUGCGAGGCGCUGGCGCUCAGCUUCGCGGGCCGGAGGGUGGCCGUGCUGAGGAACCCCGAGUACUUUGAGCACAGGAAGGAGGAACGCUGCGCCCGCGUCUGGGGCACCACCUGCGCCAAGCACCCCCAUGUCAAAAUGGUGAUGGAGAGCGGAGACUGGCUGGUUGGUGGAGACCUCCUUGUGCUGGAGAAGAUCAAAUGGAACGACGGGCUGGACCAGUACCGCCUGACACCACUCGAGCUCAAGCAGAAGUUCAGGGAGAUGAAUGCUGAUGCCGUCUUUGCAUUUCAGCUGCGCAACCCCGUCCACAACGGGCACGCGCUGCUCAUGCAGGACACGCGGCGCCAGCUUUUGGAGAGGGGUUACAAAAACCCCGUCCUUCUCCUGCACCCUCUGGGAGGAUGGACCAAAGACGACGACGUCCCGCUGGAGUGGCGGAUGAAGCAGCACGCGGCAGUGCUGGAGGAGCACGUGCUGGACCCCAAGCUGACCAUCGUUGCCAUCUUCCCCUCUCCCAUGCUCUACGCCGGUCCCACAGAGGUGCAGUGGCACUGCCGAGCUCGCAUGAUCGCCGGCGCCAAUUUCUACAUCGUGGGGCGCGACCCGGCGGGCAUGCCUCACCCCGAGACCAAGAAGGAUCUCUACGAGCCCACGCAGGGAGGGAAGGUCCUCAGCAUGGCGCCAGGCCUGACCUCGGUGGAAAUCAUCCCUUUCCGGGUGGCUGCGUACAAUAAACUGAAAAAGGCCAUGGAUUUUUAUGACCCCAAAAGGCACGACGAUUUCGACUUCAUCUCGGGGACGCGCAUGAGGAAGCUCGCUCGCGAAGGCGAAAACCCGCCAGACGGCUUCAUGGCCCCCAAAGCUUGGAAAGUCCUGACCGAGUACUACCAGUCGCUGGAAAAAAAGAAUUAAUGCUACUCCUCCUCCCUAGAAAUAUUGUAUUAAGAGUGAGCAAUGAUUGAUUGAUUCCCUAUGACACAGAUCAGUUACUUGGCAUUUCCAACGUUCUGACUGAAGGUUUUCCUACCUGGGUCAGAGUGGUUUUUACUAAUCAGAAAAUACUUUAAGCCUGGUCCUGCUCCCAGCUGAGCGCGGCUGCGGGUUUUGGUGCCGCCAGGGCCACACACUGGCCCCUGGUGCAGAGCUGGGGGUGAAAAUGUGUCUGUCCCCUGCGAGGAGCAGAAAUGAAGAAGCACCUUUGGCUGCCCCGUGCAGGCCAGUUCAGCUGCUGCUGCUGGGGUGCGAGAGGGAAACGAGCACUCGGUGCUUGGAUCCAGUCGCUGCCCUCAAGGUUGUGCCUUAGACAAUUUUUGCGAAGAAACAACAGGAUUAUUUUAAUACCUUUUUUUUAACAAGAUUUUUUAAAAUCAGCCUUGACCGCUGCCAGUUCCUUGUGGCCAAGUCGGUUGCUCACUGUUCUUCCUUGCUUCUUCCUGCCUGACCCCUCUGCUCAAAACAGAACCUGGGCCGAGCAUCACUAAGCUCAGCUUUACAUGGGGCUCUGCCGUGGGGAUCCCUGUGCUUGCUGGUGGCCCCGGCGCUUUUCCUGGGAGGUCCCUGGGACGGCUCAGGGCUGCCAGCAGAACCGAGGAUGCUGCUUCCGUGGGUGUCCUCCCUCCCACCUCGCAGGGUCGGAUCCCCAUGCUCCUCCUGCCUGAAAGACCAAUUAGAGGCAAAACAGCAAAGUCAUGGAUGCCAGAAAAGUCCUUGGGUCCAUGCCUAAAAAUCGCUGUGGCCCUUAUCUUCUUAUUUCCUCCCCAGUAUGGACUUUGCCGUUGGGCAUGAGGCUUCUCCGCUGAGGUCACCGCAGCGCGACCCAACGCCGGAGCUUCACCUGCGGGGGUCAGAUGUGUCGUAAAUGAAAUGGAAACCGCGUUCUCACACCUUCGCCUCCUCUUGUGCUUCAGUCUUAAUUCCAUGCGGAUCUGCGCUCUGCAAAAACAAUCACACUUCUGCUCGUAACUUAGGAUCGUGACCUACAUCUCAAGCUAAAACUUGUUUUGCUGUGGCCAUGGUACAGGGGCUGAAACUACCUGUGCAUUGAGAAUAUUUUUGCAAAAAGUUGUUUGUUGGGGUGUUGAGGUUUUUUUUGGUAUUUUUUUAAAGUAUUCUGAGCAAAGAGCCCAAAGCUGUGUUAUACCUCGAAAUGCUGCAAUGCCCACAUGAGCAGCUGACAGCACACGAGCAGCGGUGCCUUCAAUAUUCAGGCCCUCUGGCAGGGACCUGGAGGAGAAAAGCAAUACUCCAAUUAGCUGAUUGCAAUGUAUUUGUCAUUUUUUUGAAGUAGUCAAAUAGUGCUUGUCAUAAACGCAGUAAACCCAAAUGGUUACAGCAAAACAUAAAUGUUGUAUUAUCCUUUUAAAGUAGCGUAGCGUACUGAUUACCUCUGAUUGAAAUAGAGUAUGUGGACUAGUUGGGGUUUUUUUAUAGUAUAUUUAUUAAAGACAUGAGACGGGAAUUUGUACCUCAACUAAUACAUCUCACGAUUUAAUAUAUUCUGAAAUUGAUACUCUGCUACAAAACACUCACUUUUAGUACAAAUAAAUAUUUAUACUCUC